UCCUAGAAGGGAAGAAAGAGAAACAUAAAACGCAAGGAGUAAGGGAGAAACAGAAACAUAAAGUAGAAGAGAGAGAAACUGGCCAAUGCAUGAGGUCGAAGAGAGAGAUGCAACAGGGAGCAUUGGCGUUCAAAAGCAAAAGCAGAAAGCGAAAAAGAAGAAAGGAAGAGAGAGAGAGAGACAGGGCGCAAUGGAUGAUGGUGAACAUGCUUUGGAACGGAGCUCGACAAUGGGGAAAUUCGAGCAAUUUGCAGUUGCUUACACCCAUAAAGCAAAGACACUCCCACCUGGUAAAGUAAUUCUUUUGCGCCCACAACCCUCUCCUUUCCCCCGUGUAAAUCAUUUCAGGAAAUCCCCUCCUUUUUCUCUCUCUAGACCGCCAUUAUUGGAUACCUCCCAUAGAGGACAGGAAUUCCUAUCCUGAAUGAUUAGAACACGGUUCCAGACCAACCCACAUGCUCGAGAAAACAGUAAUCAGAACAUUGAAUCAGUUUCAGAGAAACCCACUUCUGAAAAUUCCAUUUCUUUCUCUCUCUAGGAAUGGUAGGUCAUUUUCACUUUCGAAACUCCAAUAUUUUCUCUCUCUUUGGGAAUGGUGGGGUUGUUUUGUUGGUUCUUAAUUGGUUUUGGGGUUGAACAGUUAGUGUUUUUUCAGAAGCCCACCUGGAAAAGCUCCUCUUUUCUCUCUCUAGAUCGGUGUUUUGCUGUGUAACCCAGUCAUUUGAUUCUGGCUUUUAAAAAGGAAAGGUGGGUAAUUUUGGUGCUUCUUAAUUGCUCUCUCUCUUGCUCUCACUCUCUGUAAAUUGUUGUGUGGAUGCCUGCGUUAGUUAUUGCACACAGCUGCAGAUCAGCCUUCUUUUCGGUCCAUGCGAAAAUUAUACAUUCGAAUAGUUGCAGAGAAAACCUUAGUUUUUCAAAAGCAAAGAGGAGUGUUCUACUUUCUUGGAAUUCCUCUUUAUCAUAAUUUAUCCAAAAGCUCAUCUUCCAAAUCUUGUGUUUUCUUGUCCAUUAAUCAUCAGUAAAAUUUCAAACCAACCAAACAAACAAAUAAAAAAGGAAUAAACUGGAAACUUCUGGUUUCCAAGAAAAAUUCAAAACUCUGUUUUUGCAUAAGAUGGUUAAUAUACAUAUUUCUUAACUGGCUCCAGAAUCGGAGUUCUCUUUCUGCAGUUAUAUCAGAAACUCCUGUUUUUUUUUUUCUUUACUUUUCUUUGAAACCUUAUUAUUCUACUCGGGCUCCAACCGAAGCACUUUUUUUUUUUUUGUGAAUGAUACCAAGAGAAACAUUCUUUAAGCUCUUUUUUCUUUUCCUUGCUGAUUUUAGUGUUAUAAGGCUUGACCAGAGCAGAAGCUGGUCUAAGAAGAUCAGACCCUUUCAAUUUUCAAUGAAGAAUGUGCUUUGAUCUUGAAUCUUGCUUCAUUUUCCGUCAGCUUUAGGUCAAUAGAGAGAAACCCAAGUUUUAAAAUGGAUGAAUUUAGUGUGAAAAGGCUUGAACAAACCCAUACCCGGCUUAGAAAUGUUCCAAUCGCUGUAACCCCUGAAGGCUUCUGGUGUUGCCCCUCCCCUGUUGUUUUCCCAAAGACUAUCAAAGUUCAAAACCCAAACCCUAGACACAAACAGACUCCAAAGCUCCAAAAAAUCCCUUCUCAAAACAAAAACCACCACCCAUCAAGCCAAAACCAGAAACCAACUACCCCUUUUGUCAAGCAGAGGUCAGUUUCUGAUAACCUGAGAAACUUGGGCUCUGAAGCUUGUGGUUUCAGUCCAUCAGUGGUUAGUGAGAGAAUGCCAAAACCAAGGCCUGAGAAUUUUCAGCAAAAGAGGGUCUCAGUUGAAUUUAGUGAGCCUGAAACCAGUGACAUGAUUGUGAUUUUAUUGGGGAAGCAUGGCUUAUCCGUGAGGAUGAGAGUUCAUAGAAAUAUUCUUGCGAUAAAUAGCACUUAUUUUGCAGAGAAGCUCUCUCAGUUGUUGGGUCCUCCAUUUUGUGUUGAAAUUGGGGAGUGUGAGGAUGUGGAGAGUUUUGUGGAGACUGUUGGGUUGAUGUACUGCAAGGACGUGAAACAGAGGUUGGUCAAGCAAAGCAUUCCUCGUGUUCUCCGUAUUCUCAAGGUUUCAGAUUUCCUUGGCUUCCAAUUAGCUCUCCAAACAUGUCUCGAAUACUUGGAAGCGGUUCCAUGGGUAGGAGAAGAAGAGGAAAAGGUAGUCUCUUCCAUUCUGCAGCUCAAAGCCGAUAUACUCGCAUCGUCCCCCAUUCUCAAAAGAAUAACCCCUGAACUGAACAGCAACCCCCAUGAUCUCCUUUCUCACAUAUUACAGCUAAUUGUCAAAGGAAAUGAGGAGAAAGGUCGAAGAGAGAUGAAAUCCUUGGUGUCAAGGCUUCUUAGAGAAAAUAACCUCUCAAAUCCAAGCUCAGAUGAUAUAUACAACAAGUACCUCUAUGAUACCUGCCAAACUUGCCUUAAAACUCUCCUUUUCCUCUUUUCUCAAGAAGCUGACUCCAAAUUCACAGGCAUUACCAAAGACCCAAUAGGCAAGAUCAGUAAGGAAAGAGUAGACUCAAGAGAGAGAAGAGAGACCGAUAUCAUAGACUCAAAUGUGAAGAUUUCUACUAGUGAAAUCAUAGACCCAUGCAUGAAGAUUACUGCUAGUGAAAUCACAGACCCAAGAGUGGAGGAGAUUAGUAUUAGUGAAACCAUAGACCCAAGCUUGAGAAUUACUAGUAGUGAUACCAUAGAGCCAAGAGUGAAGACUAAUAGUAGUGAAACCAUAGACCCCAAAAAAGGAUCAGUAGUGCAACAAAUUUCACUGCAAGCUGAUAAUCUCCUGUGGUUGGUUGAGAUCCUCAUCGAUCGAUUAGCUGCCGAUGAAUUCGUUGUCAUGUGGACGUCUCAGCACCACCUGGCCGACCUCCACCCAAGGCUUCCAAUAGCAUCACGCCACCUGGCAAGCCAUAUCACAGCUAGGAUUUGUAUAGCUAUAGGGAAAGGAGAGGUUGUGGCCUCAAGAGAAGCAAGAUGUUCACUUUUUGAUACUUGGUUUCAGCCGUUGAUAGAGGACUACGGAUGGUUAAAACAUGCUUGUAGGUCAUUUGAUCGGAGGGCAGUGGAAGAAGGGGUGGGCAGGACAAUUCUCACAUUGCCACUUGAGGACCAGAGGAGGAUAUUUGUCAGCUGGUUGAAUAGUUUCUUAAAGUUUGGAGAUAGUUGUCCAAAUUUGCAGGGGGCCUUUGAGGUGUGGUGGAGGAGAGCAUUUGUAAGGCCCUAUGUGGGUGAGGAUAGACAUGGGGUGUUAAGGCUAGAUGGGGUGGUGGCAAUGAGGUAGGUGUGGGGUUAGAGAGAGAGACAUAGAGAGAGGUGUGGAGGUGUGGUUUGGAUGUUUUGUGUGCAGUUACAAAGAGGAGGUGGUGCUUUACCUAAGUUUGAAAUUGAGUGACUCUAGUGGAGGUCCUAAUUCAUGUAUUCAAAGAGAUUUAUAUGUUGGCAUGUGAAUGAAGAUAAAGUGCAAUUUGGUA